AUGUCUUCUGUCGUGCCUGUAAGGAUCAAAGACCAUCCGGGUCAAAGGUCUUACUUCAGUGCCUCGCACCCAACACACUGCUUAGGUGUCAAAGGUUGUGUUAGAGCGUCCCAGGCUGCAGGAGGCCUGGGUGACAGGGUUCAGUCGCGCAAACCUGAGGUCGGGGCCGGCUCCGGGGAGCGCGGGGCCUGCCGCCUCUGCUGCCCUCGUUCUGUGCGGCGCACGACUGGGCGCGGCAGCAGCGUGUCGCUCGGCGCGACCCCUCGGGAGCGCCCGUCAACCCGCAUCUCAUCUCCCGCCGCCACUCACCCCUGCGCCGCCACAGCCGCCGCCACCGCCGCCGCCGAUCCCGGAGUCGGAGAAGAAACAGGGCCCAGCGCGCGUCAGGAUGUCGUCACUUCCUCCGCGGAUGCACGUAACGGCACGACGGCAAACCGCAGGCGGCCUCUCCCUCCUCCCACCCGAAUGGCACCCUGCACGCACCGGAAGCGCCCGUCCUCGCCGAGUUGGCUCCUGCUAGUGACGCACGACCCGGAGGCUGAAGGCGGAGCAGCGUCCGGCGCCGCCCUAGGGUGUAGCUCGAGCCGACCCGCCCAGGCGGCUCCGGCUGUGGGCCGGCUGUGGGGUUGCACUAGGCGGUGGGUCUCCUUGCUCCUCCCCGUUGGCGGCCCGGACUACCUCCAGGCGUCGCCAUCAGGCCGGGCAGCCUUAACGCUGGCGACAUCCACUUCCGCAGCCAGACAUUUGUUUUUACCCGUCAAACUCGGGUUUGCGCUAAGUCGUGCUAGGCCUCGCAGAGUGGAGUCUCGCUGGACGGUCAUACUGUCAAAUGGAAAAACAAGUCUUCUGACAUACUCAGGACUCAGGAAGCCGAAUUCCCAGAUCGGCUAGGUAGCGUCUGUCAGGAAGAGGAAGUCCCUUCUACAAGAAAAAAGCAUUGAAACGA